AUGGCUGCCCCUCCCAAAGCUCCCAUCCGUGUCAGGAAUUUGACCAUCAGAGCAGGAGUCCUCACUGGGAAGGAGAACAACAUGCUGCAGCCCGAGACCCACAUCUUCACAGCUCCGAGGAGGUAAGGAGAGUCGGGGAGCUCCCAAGGGGCUCUGCUGCUUGGCCAGGCCCCAGAAUCUUUGUCUCUGCCUCGUACUCCAGUGACCUUGGAGCAGCAACUGGUUUCUCUCUUAUGGAGAUCCCACAGGCCCCCUAGCCUGCCAUGCUUAUGCUCAACUCUGAUCCUCCAGCCCCGUGCCACCCUUGACCCUCUUCUACUGCAGCCACAGGUCCCCAAAGUCUCUGACCAGGCUUUGGUUUCUGCCCACUCAGAGUGGCAGCGGAAACUGGAGGCCGCUGAGGCUCUGCUGACUCUGAGAAACUCUGCCCAAGCCCCUCCUGACUCCAUCUCCCUGCACCAGCCUUGCAACCCACCAGCUCCUGCUGGAGAUAAAGGAUUCCAGCCUCCCAGCCCCUCUCUCCGCCCCAGGCCAGCCAGCUCCAUCUCGCUGCCUAUUGGACAUCUGGGAUGCAUCUCCCUCUUGAGCUAGGAACCCAGGGGAGGAGGCCUCAACAGAGCACUGCCUAUUUAGUAUCCAGUUUCUGAAUGUGCAAAAUGGUUAACGUCCAAAACGCUUAACAUCUUUUUUUUUUUUUUUUUUUUUUAAGCCUUCAGGUGUUUUAUAAGCUUUUUAUUAUAUGGGGCAAUUCCUUGACUGAAGGUGGAUAUUCUUGUGCCUCUAUCCCUCACUCUUUUGGAUGCCGGGGCCUUUUUCUGUUUCGUAAAGACAGGAUUGUGCAAUCUAAGUUGAUCAGUCUCUCAGUGGGAUUCUGUGUGGAUUCAUAUGCCAGAGUUUUUAUUCGUCUUGUGAUUGCUGACAUACCUGUGCACUCAUGUGCGUACCCAUGCUUGUGGAAACAUGAAGAUGUUUUCACUUUGUGUCUAGGUUUAUGUACGUGAACAAAUAAUAAACCCUUGUUGUUAUAAGGCA